UACACAAAAGAAGAAGAAAAAAAAAUUGAGAGAUUAGAUACAAUGGCUUCUUUUAUGCCUUCCAUGUCUACCAUCCUCUCCGGCUAUGCUUCCCUUUCCGCUGCCAUCAUGCUAUUCCGCACAAUCUUGUCUGAGAUGCUUCCCAGCCAAAUACGAAAUUACAUUUUCUCAAAGCUUUCCAAAUCACUGUUCUACUUCUCCCCUAACUUCACCCUUAUCGUUGAGCAAAACUGGCAAGCAGCGAGUAACCAAACAUUUCGUGCUGUGGAAACGUAUUUGCCUACCAUAAUUGGCACCUCUGCUGAUUGUCUCCUCAUUGGGUCCCAUUCAUUAGUCCCUCACAACCUUAACAUGAGAAUUCCGGUUGGCUGUAAGACAAUCGACGAGUUCCAGGGUAUGAAAUUGGAGUGGUCUCUACAUAAAGAGACCAUCAAUUCCCCCGGAUCCCAUCGGGACGAGGUUCGGUACUCCUACCAACUCAAGUGCAAGCGAAGUGACCGAGAAAAGGUAAUGAGAAGCUACUUACCUCACAUUGCCGACACUGCACGAAGCAUCCUUAGAAGGCGUGAAAAACUCCACAUUUAUACCUACGAGAAAAAUAUCUGUGGGUGGAAAUCCGCAGUUUUCAAGCAUCCUGCCACAUUCGCUACUCUGGCUAUGGACCCAAAGAGCAAGGCGAAGAUAAUCAAAGACCUUGACACCUUUGUUCAACAAAAGGACUUUUUCCAGAGAGUAGGAAGAACCUGGAAACGUGGAUACUUUUUGCACGGUCCACCAGGAACCGGAAAAUCCUCGUUAGUUGCGGCCAUUGCCAAUCACCAGAGAUACAACAUAUACGAUCUUCAGCUUCAGAGCGUUGGAAGUGAUGCUGAAUUGAGACGUAUCCUGACCUCAACCACAAACCGAUCAAUUCUACUUGUUGAGGACAUAGAUUGCAGCACAAAAGCAUCCCGAGGUCGAACCAAGAUUAGAGAUGAACAGGAAGAGCCUGACCAAGGCGAGCUAGACAACAGGCUUUCUUCUUCUGAUCCUGGGAUUACAUUAUCUGGGUUGCUUAAUUUCACCGAUGGGUUGUGGUCGAGCUUUGGAGACGAGAGGCUCAUCAUCUUCACAACGAAUCACAAGGACAAGUUGGACCCUGCUCUGUUACGUCCAGGACGGAUGGACCUAGAGAUCUACAUGGGUUACUGCACUUUCGCAGUAUUCAAACAGCUUGCAAACUCUUACCUGCAAAUCGAUAAUCACCAUCUCUUUGCCGCCAUCGAAAAUCUUCUUAAAGAAGUAUCUGUUACUCCCGCAGAAGUUGCGCAGCAGCUCAUGAUGAAAAGUGACGAGCUUCAAGACAUAUUAGAGAGUUUCAUUGAAUUCCUUAAAGUGAAAUUAAGGAAUGAAAUCGAAGGGGGAAACUAAAAGCAAAGAGCUUUCAAAGCCUAAAUAAUUUGGGAUUGUUUGGUGUUUCUCUUUAUCAUCCGGUGUAGUUUUGCAUCCCUCAAGAUAAUACCUCUCGAGAUAAUUUUAAAAGCACAUCUUUUACAACAAAUUAAUUUAUUUAAA